UUUCCUUGUGCUACCAUGUCUUGUAUAGUUUCUCCAGAAAGGGCGCCAAGAAAGGAGGAGUUUUCGUAUAAAAGGGAGCAUGAACAGCACUCAUUCAGCAGUUGGCCCAACAGCAGCUCUAAAGUCACCAUGAUCCGUGCCUGCGUCCUCUUGGCUCUUGCCACCAGCGCUCUCGCUGGCUACACCGGCUACGGCUUUGGCCACGGCUAUGGCCUCGGUUACGGCUAUGGUGGUCUUGCCCACGGCUAUGGUCUCGGCUAUGGCUAUGGUGGUCUUGGAUACGGCUAUGGUCUCGGAUACGCCGGCUACGCUCCAGCUGUGCACACUGUCGCCCACGCUGCCCCUGCCGUAGCUACCGUCGCCCACGCUCCAGUCGCCACCUACGCUGCUGCUCGAGUGGUUGCCGCUGCUCCCGCCGUGACCAGGGUUGCUACCACCUACCGCGCCCCAGCCGUUGCCACCGUGGCUCACGCCCCAGUCGCCACUUACGCCGCUGCUCCAGCUGUUGCCACCUAUGCUGCUGCUCCAGUUGCCGCAUACCACGCUGCCCCAGCUGUUGCUACAUACGCUGCUGCUCCAGCCGUGACCAAGGUUGCUACCACCUACCACGCCCCAGCUGUCGCUACUGUUGCUCACGCUCCAGUCGCCACCUACGCUGCUGCUCCAGCCGUCGCAACUUACGCUGCCGCUCCAGCCGUCGCCACCUACGCUGCUGCCCCAGCAGUUGCCACCACCACCGUCCACCACGCCCCAGCUGUGGCCACUGUUGCCCACGCUGCCCCCGCUGUCGCUGCCUACCACGCCGCUCCAGUCUACAACUACGGUGUCGGAACCCUUGGUUACGGCGUCGGCCACUACGGCUACGGUCACGGUCUUCUCGGCUACGGCCUGAACUACGGCUAUGGUCUUGGCUCUCCAUACCACUACGGUGCCCUUCUCCGCAAGAAGAAGUCUGUGCCGUCUGUAGUGGCUCCGGUGGUUGCUUCGGCUGUGGCUUCAGCUGUGGCUUCAGCUGUGGCGGGGGCUGUCGCUUUGGUAGCUCGCGCCAAGCUUCAGUAUCGGUGUUCACUCUGCCAGGCCUACGGGGCAGAGCAGGCGAGAUGGGGGGGAAUAACAAAAGGACUGCAGACUUGGUUUCUUCGUAUUUUUCCUUGUUCUGCCAUUUCUUGUGUAGUUUGUCAAGAAAGGGCGCCAAGAAAGGAGGAAUUUUCGUAUAAAAGCGCGCACGAACAGCACUCAUUCAGCAGUUGGCUCAACAGCAGCUCUAACGUCACCAUGAUCCGUGCCUGCGUCCUCUUGGCUCUUGCCACCAGCGCUCUCGCUGGCUACACCGGCUACGGCUUUGGCCACGGCUAUGGUCUCGGCUACGGCUACGGUGGUCUUAGCCACGGCUAUGGUCUCGGCUAUGGCUACGGUCUCAGCUAUGCCGGCUAUGCUCCAGCUGUGCACACUGUCGCUCAUGCUGCCCCAGCCGUCACCACCGUCGCCCACGCUCCAGUCGCCACCUACGCUGCUGCUCCAGUUGUUGCCUCUGCUCCAGCCGUGACCAGGGUUGCUACCACCUACCGUGCCCCAGUCGCCACUUACGCCGCUGCUCCAGCUGUUGCAACCUAUGCUGCUGCACCAGUUGCCGCCUACCACGCCGCCCCAGCUGUUGCCACUUAUACCACUGCUCCAGCGGUCGCCACCUACGCCGCUGCCCCAGCCGUGACCAAGGUUGCUACCACCUACCACGCGCCAGCUGUCGCCACUGUUGCCCACGCUCCAGUCGCCACCUACGCUGCUGCUCCAGCCGUCGCAACUUACGCUGCCGCUCCAGCCGUCGCCACCUACGCUGCUGCCCCAGCAGUUGCCGCCACCACCGUCCACCACGCCCCAGCUGUGGCCACUGUUGCUCACGCUGCCCCCGCUGUCGCUGCCUACCACGCCGCUCCGGUCUACAACUACGGUGUCGGAACCCUUGGUUACGGCGUCGGCCACUACGGCUACGGUCACGGUCUUCUCGGCUACGGCCUGAACUACGGCUACGGUCUUGGCUCUCCCUACCACUACGGUGCCCUUCUCCGCAAGAAGAAGUAAACCUUCCAAGUGUGACGUAUUUGAAGAAAAACAGAAGCUAUGUGCAUCGACCUCGACAUUCUGUCAUCUUCUAUAAUGGACGCAAUGGAGAAAUAAAACUGGUCGUCGAAACAAGCACUA